CAGGAGUACAAGACUGAACUUAUUGUGAACGUGUUCUUCUGUGUAAGCUGUUACCUGUGCACGAGUUUCAUUGCUGAUUUUGAUUGUGCUUAGGUAUAACAUAACAAAGAUUUUGGGAUAAUGGCUUAGAAUCUAUCUUAUUUCAAUGGCAGGUAAUUUCAUGGGGUGCUUUGGCAGCCAAAAUAAAAGGAACGACUCGAAGAAACGAAAGAUUCGUUAUGAAGGAAUCGAAGUGGGCGGUAAAGUUCAUACAUUGGAGUGUUCAACUCCGAUGCCAGAUGAGCAAGAGGUCAAUACCAAGUUUGCUGAACUUGUUGAAGAGUUAGAUUUAACUGGUAGCAACAAACAAGCAAUGUUUGAUCUUCCUCUUGAAAAGAAAUGGCAGCUCUAUCAAUCAAAAAAGAAGGAUCAGCCAAGUACCACUGAUUAUCCAGAAUAUUACAUUGAUCGUAUGUCAAGUUUGAACUCUUUGUAUUUCUCUCGAAAUGAUGAGGAGAUAGAAACUAGGACCAAACUGGUGGAUGACCUAAAGACUGCAUUAAGAACACAACCCAUAAGUUUUGUUAAUGAUUUUAUUGAAAAGGAUGGUAUGCAAUGCCUUCUGGAAUAUCUUAAAAAAAUGGACUAUGAUUCAUGUGAAAGCAAGAUACAUACAGCAGUUAUUGGUUGUUUUAAAGCUCUGAUGAACAAUUCUCAUGGUCGAAGUCAUGCCAUUUCUCAUCCUGAAUGUAUUAACAUUAUUGCUCAAAGUCUUCGAACUGAAAACAUAAAGACAAAAGUUGCUGUGAUCGAAAUCUUGGCUGCAAUAUGCUUGGUUCCUGGUGGUCAUAAAAAAGCACUUCAAGCACUUACCCAUUAUCAACAAUAUGCAAUGGAAAGAACACGUUUUCAGACUGUGAUGCAUGACCUUGACAGAAGCACUGGAAGUCAUAAAGAAGAAUUUAAUUUGAAAAUUGUCAUAAUGUCUUUUGUGAAUGCAUCAUUACGAUAUGGAGCUGGCUCUGAUCAUUUGGAGUUUCGUAUUCAUUUACGAUAUGAGUUUCUGAUGCUGGGCAUUCAGUCGACCAUUGAAAAGUUACGAACUAUGGCUAACUCAAACCUUGACAGGCAUUUAGAUUUUUUUGAAAUGAUGCGCCAGGAAGAUGAGAAAGAUUUGGCCAAAUUAAUGGGGGCUCAAACGAUCGACUUAAGAAGUUCUUCAAAUAUGACGGAGAUUAUCAAACGCAAGAUUGGACAAACUGAAGCAUUUCCUCAUUUUUUGUCUAUUCUUCAACAUUUUCUUCUUUUUCCAAACGACAGUAGAGACGCAAGAAAAAUUUGGGGUCUGGCGGAUAAAGUAAUCCAACAGAUGACAAUUCAACGUGAAGAUGGCGAAGAUCCAGACGUAUCUUUACUUAAUAUGAAUUUGAACGAAUUGUUGGAACUGCUUGCGGAAGACGAACAGCGCAAGAAAAUUGAAGAUGAAGAAGCUUUGGAAGAAAUGCGAGAUAAGUUAGCUAAACUUGAAAAAAGUCUUGAAUCGACGUCACAAGAAAAGGACGAAGUAAAUGAAGAAAUGGGAAAACAAAAAAUUAAAUUAGAACGCGAGACUGCGGAGAAGAAUGAAGCAUUUGAAAGAAUACGAGAGCUUGACGGCAAAGUUAACAGUGCUGCCAUUCUUCUUGAAGCUCACAAAAAAGUUAUCGAAAAACUUAAAGUGAUCGUCGAAAAAUCUGGUGGGAAGAUUCCUGAAGACUGCAAUGUUGAGCAUUUUGUGAAGAAUAGUACUGGUGCCCCACCGGAAAUUCCUAAUCUCGAAGCACCUGCUGGUCCGCCUCCCCCUCCUCCAUUGGCUGGAUUACUUCCUCCCGGUGCACCACCACCUAGCGGAGCACCACCACCACCACCGCCUUUACCAGGAGGGGUGCCACCACCACCUCCACCUUUCGGGGGUGCAAUACCAGGUCCACCACCUCCCCCUGGACCCCCAGGUGCCCCCGGCCUACCGGGCGCAUUUCCGAAAAAAGUGAAGAGAAAUGUACCAAAGCCUUCACAACCUUUGAAAUCAUUUAAUUGGUCGAAACUGCCUGAUACCAAAAUAAAAGGAACAGUUUGGACGGAAAUCGACGACUCGAAGAUUCAUGAAAUCAUGGAUUUUAACGACUUUGAUCGCAUGUUCUCAGCAUAUCAAAAAUCUAAGAAUGACCAGAAAGACGGUGCUGCAGAAGAUCGUUUGGCUUCGCAAACAAAAAGCAAAGAAUUGUCUUUAAUAGACAGUAGGAAAGCCCAGAACUGUCAAAUUUUGUUAUCGAAACUUAAAACUUCUAACGAACAGUUAGCGCAAGCUGUUCUCACCAUGGAUAAAGAUGGUGAAUUAUCUGUAGAAAUGCUUGAGCAGCUCUUGAAGUUCGUACCCACUCCCCAAGAAAAAAAUCUGCUCAAUGAUCAUAGUAAGGAGAAAGAACAGUUUGCCAAAGCAGACAGAUUUUUAUACGAAAUGUCCAAAAUCAACCAUUACGAACAACGAUUGGGAACUUUGUUUUACGUUAAACGUUUCCCAGAACGAAUGGGCGAUAUAAAACCAAAAGUUAAAGCUGUGAUAGAAGCAUCUAAGCAAGUGUUCCGCAGCAGAAAAUUCCGUGAUUUACUUGAAGUUGUCUUGGCCUUUGGGAAUUAUAUGAAUCGUGGAGCGAGAGGAAACGCUACAGGGUUUAAAAUUGCCAGUAUCAAUAAGAUCAUGGACACUAAAUCGAGUUCGAACAGCAAAAUUAAUCUUUUAGAUUACUUGGUCAUGCUUUUGGAGCAAAAGUUUCCGGCCAUACUGCAACUUGAGGAAGAAAUGGGAGAUGUUAGGACAGCUGCUAAAGUCAGUCUUGUAGAGUUAGAAAAAGACAUAAAGAAUUUUAGAACAGAACUCAAAACAGUUGAAAAGGAGUAUGAUUAUCAGUGUAAAAAGAAGGAUAAAUUAUCUGGUGAUACUUUCGUUCAAGAAACUGGAGCUUUUCUCACAGCUGCACGAGCGUCGUUCAAAGAACUUGAUGAUUCCUGGAAGGAGAUGAAAACAAGAUACGAGAAAUCUGUUGCGGCGUUUGGUGAAGAACCGAAGACCAUUACCUCGGAAGGUUUCUUUGGCAUUUUUAACGCAUUUUUAGUAUCUUUUGCCGAGGCGAAGAAUGAGAAUGAAAAACGAAAGAAAAAGAAACUAGAGGAAGAAAAAAGAGCGAAAGAUCAAGCUCAGCAAAAGGAGCGAGAUCGACAAAAGAACGUGGCAAAGAAUAUAGCGAGUGGCAAAAACUCGAACCGUCAAAAAGAUGGCGAAUCAAACAGGAGGGAGUUCGAUGACUUGAUAUCUGCAUUAAAAACUGGUGACGUAUUUGGUGACGACGUCAAGAAAUACGGGGGGCGUCGUAAGGCAAAGCCGGGAGAGAAGUCUGCCGUAACUAUGGAAAGAGAGAGGAAUGUUCAAACGAAAUUGUAGGGUUAGGGAAGUGUAGGGUUAAAUUCUUAUUCAUUUUGAAAUACCAUGUAUAGUAUUAAUUGCACAUUACAGCGUAAUCUUUAAUUAGUAAAAUGCUGUGGAGAAUAAUACAGCAUUCACAUUUUUACAGAUUUUAAUUGUAAAAAGGUUGUGUUUGAAAUAUUCCAAUAGAUCAAUGUUUAAGUUAAUCAGAUUCGCGAGAGAUUUCAAAAUCCCUGUGUCAGCAGAUUUCACAUUUUAGAUGUGUGUAUUGUUUAUGCUCUCGUGAAAAACUAUGUCUGUCAAUUAAGGUAUGCUUGACUAAUAGAGCAACUUUUAUACCAGGACUAAAUAUUGUAGAAUAAAACGAAGAUGUAUGCCAGCUAUGAACAAACUUCUUCUCAGUGUAUUGAUAUUUUAUUCAAAUCAAAGGUACAAUAACAAUGUGUUAUUGUCUGUAAA